UUUAUUAAUCAAAACUCCAUUUUACGUUACUCUUAAGGAACAACAAACUUUCUCAAUAACAAGAAACGUAAAAGAGUACACAAAUUCCAUCGCCAUCACUAUUCUUUUCUUGCUCUCACAGCAAAUUUUCACACCUUCACACUUCACCUCUAUGAUUCACUAUGCGCAUUCACACCAUAUUCCCUGCACCCGCACCAUCUCUCACUCUCUUACAACUCUGUAAAAAAUUUCACCGCCAUGCAUGGCAACCGUUUCCUUUUCUUCUUCUUUUUCUUUCUUUCAUCUUUCCGGCAACUGCUCAGCCAUCACCACCGCAAGAUGCAUUCGCGAAAAUGAAGUUCGACAAAACUAUGGCAUCAGUCCUUGUGAUACUCGUCAUGGUUUUCUUCACAUUAGGUUUUAUUUCAAUCUACACUCGCCAAUGUAGAGAACGAAGAAUACGAGGAAGGGUCGAUCUAACUGCUCCGGUUACCGGUGGUGAUGUUUGCCGGCAAUCACGCGGUCUUGAUCCAACGAUCAUUGAAAAUUUUCCGAAAUUUGUAUAUUCUGAGGUGAAGGAUCUCAAGAUUGGAAGAGUCACGUUAGAAUGUGCAGUGUGUUUAAAUGAGUUUGCGGAUGAUGAAACGCUGCGUUUGAUUCCUAAUUGUAGCCAUGUAUUUCAUCGUGAUUGUGUUGAUGUUUGGUUGUUGCAUCACUCUACUUGUCCGGUUUGUCGAGCUGAACUUGUUCCCGGUUCGGAUGAUGCAGGUUCUUCUGUUCAGAUACAGAUCUCUGAACCAAAUUUGGCUGAACCCGUUUUUAAUCAUGAGCCCGAUGUUAUUGAACCGGUUGGUUUGGAUGAGAAGAAAAAAGUUUUAAUAGUGAGUCCAAGUGUGAAUUUUGAUGGUAUGAACCGGACUCCCGUUCGGUCCAUGUCAGUGGGGUUUGGGUUUAUGAGAUUGUUUUCUCGGUCUAAAUCAACGGGUCAAUUAAUGGUUCGGUCGGAUGAGGAUUGUGAGCGGUUCACGUUGAGAUUGCCGGAUGAAGUGCAUAAUCGAUUAAUGAAUGAUAUCACGUUGCGCCGAACAAAGACCUGGGAAGCUACAUUAGGUAGUGGGAAAAGGGGUUACCGAACAAGGAGUGUGGGGAGGAACUUUCUACAAUAUGAGCGGUUCAAUGUGGAGAGCCGGCUGGACCAAAAAGGGUUCACGUGUGCCCCAUCUUUUUUGGGCCGGGUUGGUUCGAUGAGAUCAACAAAGGAUGGGAACAAUGCAAGUGCAACAAUGGGUGUUAUGAGCAAAGUUGAUGCUGGAGAACGUUCUUCGGAUCGUUUAGUUUAAAUUGAUUGAGUAUUAAAUUAUGAUUGAGAUUGGGUGUGGGUGAAAAUAAGUUUACUAUUGAAUUGUUUAUUUUAUGUAUAAUGAUGGAGCUAAUCUUCGUGUUCAUAGAAUUAAAA